CUGCUGAUGUAUCUGCACGUAGCUAACUAACCCUGCUAACCAGACGCAACCAGUUGGUCAACUCUACCCAUCAACUCCGCCGUUCUUCAGUGACCGAGUCCUGUUGCUCGCUCUUAAAGCCGGGUGAUUGUGGAAAAAAGAUCAUGGUUAGCAAGACGGAUGAGAUGCCGGCAGCGUCAGUGCCAACCUGCGCCUCUGUGGAGCUCACACAUGAGGAGAGCAACAAGAAACCCGUCAAGGAGUCCUGUGCAUGCGGUCACGGUGCAGCUACAGCAGUAAUGAACGGAGACAGUGCACAUGACCAGAGAGAGGAGGGUGAGUCCAAACAGGACAGCACUGGAGAUGCUGACACUGGCGACGAUGCUAACGAGCAAGAAGUAAUUGUUAUUCAGGACACUGGCUUCACUGUGAAGAUUCAGGCACCAGGCAUUGAGCCUUUCGAUCUGCAGGUGUCUCCGCAGGAAAUGGUGCAAGAGAUCCACCAAGUGCUGAUGGACCGUGAAGACACCUGCCAUCGUACCUGCUUUUCUCUGCAGCUGGAUGGCAACGUGCUGGACAACUUUGCUGAGCUUAAGUCCAUUGAGGGUCUUCAAGAGGGGUCCCUUCUUAAAGUAGUGGAAGAGCCAUACACAGUGCGUGAGGCUCGCAUUCAUGUUCGUCAUAUCAGAGACCUGUUGAAGAGUCUGGAUCCCUCUGAUGCUUACAAUGGAGUGGACUGCAAUUCUCUUUCAUUCCUCAGUGUAUUCACAGAGGGAGAUCUUGGAGAGAGUGGCAAACGUAAAAAGAAGGCUGGUGAACUUGAGCAGAUUGACUGCACACCUCCUGAACAUAUAUUGCCAGGCAGCAGGGAGCGCCCUCUAGUACCCCUUCAGCCACCAAACAAAGACUGGAAGCCACUACAGUGCCUCAAAGUUCUCACAAUGAGUGGCUGGAACCCUCCACCUGGCAACAGGAAAAUGCACGGAGACCUUAUGUACCUGUACAUAGUGACUGUAGAGGAGAGGCAUGUCAGCAUCACUGCUUCUACUCGUGGAUUCUACCUCAACCAGUCUACCACAUACAAUUUCAACCCUAAGCCAGCCAACCCCAGCUUUCUAAGCCACUCUCUGGUGGAGUUACUGAGCCAGAUCAGCCCAGCCUUUAAGAAGAACUUCACCUCUCUGCAGAAAAAAAGAGUCCAGAGACAUCCAUUUGAAAGAAUAGCCUCACCAUUCCAGGUUUACAGCUGGACUGCUCCUCAGAUUGAUCAUGCAAUGGACUGUGUGAGAGCGGAGGAUGCCUACACCUCUCGUUUAGGUUAUGAAGAACACAUACCUGGUCAGACCAGAGAUUGGAAUGAAGAGCUGCAAACGACAAGAGAGCUUUCUCGUAAGAACCUGCCGGAGCGUUUGCUCAGAGAGAGAGCGGUUUUCAAAGUGCAUAGUGAUUUUGCUGCUGCUGCUACACGGGGUGCCAUGGCUGUGAUAGACGGCAAUGUGAUGGCCAUCAAUCCUGGUGAGGAGACCCGCAUGCAGAUGUUCAUAUGGAACAAUAUCUUCUUCAGCCUGGGCUUUGAUGUCCGAGACCACUAUAAAGAGCUUGGCGGAGAUGCUGCUGCUCACGCUGCACCGACCAAUGACCUGAAUGGUGUGAGGGCAUACAGCGCUGUGGAUGUGGAAGGGCUCUACACACUUGGCACUGUGGUUGUAGAUUACAGGGGCUACCGUGUCACCGCUCAGUCCAUCAUUCCAGGUAUCCUGGAGCGGGAACAGGAACAGAGCGUCAUCUAUGGCUCUAUCGACUUCGGAAAGACUGUAGUGUCACACCCCAAGUAUUUGGAAUUACUUGAGAAGACCAGUCGUCCCCUAAAGUUACAGCGCCACUCUGUCCUCAAUGAGAAAGAUACCGCAGUAGAGCUUUGCUCAUCUGUGGAGUGCAAGGGUAUUAUCGGCAACGAUGGACGCCACUAUAUACUGGACCUGCUGCGCACUUUCCCUCCUGAUCUCAACUUCCUGACUGUGGAAGGAGAGGAGCUGAACCCAGAGAGCCAGAAACAAGGCUUUCCUCGACUGCAUCGCCACCGUCUGGCCUGUCUGCGGCAGGAACUCAUUGAGGCCUUUGUAGAACACAGGUAUCUCCUUUUCAUGAAGAUGGCAGCACUCCAGCUCAUGCAGCGCAAAGCCAAUAAAGAUGCCAAGACUAAAGCUUUGCCUGAGAGUGCAGCGGCUGAUAGUGCAUGUGACAGUAAAUCAGCAGCUGCUACUGAGGUCUCCGAGAAAACUACUGAAACAGCAAUGCCAGCUUCUGACUCAACAACUUUGUCUGAAUCCAGACUGACACCUGAGGACAAAUCAGAAAGCCAACAGCCAUCAGCCUCAGACAAUUCAGCUGUAACUACCAACGGUACCCAUGACCCCACAGUUCCAGAGAGUCAGAAUGGAUGCUGUGACAGUCCUUUGGAGGGUAAGGAGACCCUUGAAACAGGACUAGCUAGAGCUAAAGAGCUGGCUGAGUCUUUAGCGACAGAAGAUGGAUCCGGGAUUGACCCCAAAAGUCGAGAGGUUGUGUUGAACGCCUGCAAAGCUGUAGGAUCCAUCAGCAACACUUCCUUUGACAUUCGCUUCAACCCAGACAUCUUCUCCCCUGGAGUGCGUUUCCCAGAAGAAAGUGCUGAAGACAUUCAAAAACAGAAACAGCUUCUGAAAGAUGCUGCAGCCUUUCUGGUGUCUUGUCAGAUCCCCUUUUUGAUAAAGGACUGUUUGGAUCACACUGCCCUGCCAAUGGAUGGAGCCACACUGACAGAGGCUCUUCAUCAGCGGGGUAUCAACAUACGCUACCUUGGCAAUGUGCUAGAAUUUGUGGACAAGAUGCCUGCAAAAGCCCAGCUUGACCAUAUUUAUAGAAUAGGAAUCACAGAGCUGGUCACCAGAUGCACCAAGCAUAUCUUUAAAACCUACCUCCAGGGUGUGGAGCUUUCUGCCCUGUCUGCUGCUGUUAGCCACUUCCUCAACUGCUUCCUGAGCUCCUUCCCAGAUGCUGUGGCUCACCUGCCUGCAGAUGAAUUAGUGUCACGCAGGAAGAACAAGAAGAGGAGAAACAGAGUACCUGGAGGAGGAGAUAACACAGCCUGGGCUAGCCUUACCCCCAGCGAACUCUGGAAGAACAUCAGUACAGAGGCUCGCACUUACUAUCACUUCACACUACAGUGUGAUGGUGUGGACCAGGCAGUGGAGAAAUAUGGCCUGCAAAAAACCACCCUCCUGAGGGAAAUCUCUGUCAAAACUGGCAUCCAGAUCCUGAUAAAGGAAUACAACUUUGACAGCCGACACAAACCAGCCUUCACUGAGGAAGACAUUCUAAAUAUUUUCCCCAUUGUUAAGCACGUCAACCCCAAAGCUUCUGAUGCCUUCCAUUUCUUUCAGAGUGGCCAGGCCAAGGUCCAGCAAGGUUUCCUUAAAGAAGGCUGCGAGCUCAUCAAUGAGGCCUUGAACCUUUUUAACAACGUGUAUGGAGCAAUGCAUGUGGAGAUCUGUGCUUGUCUGCGCCUCCUUGCUCGCCUUAACUACAUCAUGGGUGAUCACCCUGAGGCCCUGAGUAACCAGCAGAAAGCAGUUCUGAUGAGUGAGAGAGUGUUGGGAAUUGAACAUCCUAAUACUAUUCAGGAAUAUAUGCACUUGUCAUUGUACUGCUUUGCCAAUGGGCAGCUAUCCACUGCCCUGAAGCUGUUGUACCGUGCUCGCUAUCUCAUGCUGUUGGUGUGUGGAGAGGACCAUCCUGAGAUGGCUCUGCUAGAUAGCAACAUUGGUCUGGUGCUACAUGGAGUAAUGGAGUAUGAUCUCUCUCUACGCUUCCUCGAAAAUGCCUUAUCCAUAAACUCCAAAUACCACAGCACUCGGUCACUUAAAGUUGCCCUCAGUCAUCACUUGGUGGCCCGGGUGUAUGAGAGCAAGGCUGAGUUUCGCUCAGCUCUUCAGCAUGAAAAAGAGGGCUACACUAUUUACAAAAACCAGGUUGGUGAGGCUCAUGAGAAGACAAAGGAAAGCUCAGAGUAUCUAAAGCACCUCACUCAGCAGGCAGUGGCGCUACAGAGAACGAUGAAUGAGAUCUACAAGAAUGGCUCCAAUGCCAGCAUCAUGCCACUUAAGUUCACAGCUCCAAGCAUGGCCAGCGUACUGGAGCAGCUCAACAUUAUCAAUGGCAUCAUUUUUAUUCCCCUCAGCCAUAAAGAUCUGGAGACCCUGAAGGCAGAAGUGCAGCGCCAGCAGCAGUUGCAGGACUCUGGAAGAAGUGAGGAACAGCAGGAAAAUGGCCAGCUCGCAUUGGAUGACAAAAUUCCAAUCGAUGAUUAAUCCCACACACCCCUGACAUGGAAAGACUUGAUGCCAAAGCCAUCUGCUUUAACCUGUAGAUCUGAGAACAUAAGCUGUGUAAUGUAAACAAGUAUAUUUGAGGUUGAAGGGAUGGGAACAGGCAGGGAAAGUUACAGCCAAUGGUACUGUGAAAGGUACUCAUGAGAACGAAACCAGCUUCUAGUACAGGUAGUCAGAGGGCCAGACUGGCUCAUCUGAGGAUUUUCUUUAUGUACUAGUGUUGCUGAAGUGGAGGUGACCAUGACGUGCAUUACAGCGUUAUUCAUCAAUUGAUCAGUUCUUGAAGUCACCUGUUCAUUAAUUGUCCCAAUUCUUCACCCAACCUGUCUGCAAACUCAGGUGAUUUCUACUCUGCACUAGAUGAGACCAGAUACAUCACAAAAUCCAGAAAGACAGUCAAUAGAUGCUUCAGAAUGUGCACUUGGUCUUUUAAGAUUAUUGAAAAAGGUCCUUCUGUGUCCCAUAACAUUAUGUUCAUGAUGAUUGCCAUGUCUUCACAGCCUACAUGUUCUGUAAAAACAAAAUAAUGAAUGAUAUUUUUGUUUGUUUUGUAAAUGAGCGUGUGGGAAUUAAGCCAUUUUAUAUCCAGCUAACCAUUUAAUUUAAACAUUGUCUUGUUUCAUAGAGAUCUAUUCAUCAAGAGUGUACAUUUUGUCUAUGAGCUUUGACAGACUUGAUUGACAUUGAUUGUAAUGUGGGUUCAAAAGGUCCAGCUUGAUUCAAUUAGUGGAAUCUUACUGCUAUUACAGUUUUUUUCUUUUGUGUGUGUUAUACUAGUUCAGAGAUCCUGGUGGACUGAAAUGAUGCCUCUACAACUAUAAUGCUGCUCUAAUCAUUAUUAGCAUAUUUUUCUAUAACAAUGUUUUUUGUUGAUGUGAAUCAUAGAGAAUCAUGCAGUGUCACUAGGCAUGCUGGAACUGUUAAUGUGUAAUUAAACCCACUCUAUAUAGUUCACAGAUUGGAUGCCAGUAACAUUGGAAUACUUAAUUAAUACCAUGAGUACAAACGCCAGUUCCUCUGUUCUCCCAUAGCUAGUAUUUACUGCACUUACUGAACCAUUGUCAACACAGAUGAUGGUUUAAGUGAGGCUGCUUGAUGCAGUGUACCAAAAAAGACAGGCAUUGCUUGUAUAAAUGCUGGAUCUACUUUUCAAAUGCCAAACUUGCUGUAUUAGUGUUUAAAGCAAUACAAAUGCUGGAACUGGUCUUUUAAGUGCUGCUACAAUCUGCACUUAGAUGGAAGAGAUUGUGCACUUUUAUCAAUAAUCAAGAAUAUGACAGUCUAUGAAUACCCCUGUUCAUGUUCAGAUUUUGGUGGAUUUUUAGUGAAAAUAAGUCAACACAGCCUCUGCAGAGAACAAAACUAGAUAUGAGUUUUUGUUUUUUCAAUUUAAAUUCUUAGUAUGUAUGGCUGGACUUUACAUGUUGUAAAAUGUAUACAGGUUUGUUUUCUGCAGGAAGUUGUUAACAAAAACAUUCAUUUUAACCAGCUCCAUCCAAACUUUUGCACAUUUGUAACUCUCAAAUUAGAAUACUGCACAUGAACAAAGAAACUACAGCAUAUAACCAGCUAACUGUGAAAUUUGUGCCUGGUUCUGCUUUAAGAUUGAACCAGACUUGUAUGUUUGGUCUAUAUAUCUUUUGGAGAGUAAAAUUUCUUUAUUGGUCACAUUUUGAUCUUUUGUUGGCUAACCAGCUGUUCAGAGCCACAUUGUAUGCAGGGGUCAAUUCAGGCUGCAGUGCCCAUAGACACUGAGUUGUGUUGUAGCUUAACAAAGGUUAUUUGCAUUGAAAUUGCAAAUAAAAAAUACUGCUGGAGUACUAAA